ACAGUGCGUAGGGACAGUAAAGGUAAACAGCGACAAAGCGAUGGAACGCUGUCAAAUGCGAUAGUUUUAUUCAAAACUACCGAAGAGUCCUAAUGGUCCGGCCUCUGCUGCACGUGCACAGUAGAUGCUGUUCGCGUGCACAGUCGGUGUCACUCUUUCACAGUCGGUGCCGCUCGUGCACAGUCGGUGUCGCUCGUGCAGAGUCGAUGUCGCUCGUGCACAGUCGUUCGGCUCGUGCACAGUUGGUGUCGGUGUCGCUCGUGCACAGUCGGUGCUGCUCGUGCACAGUAGGUGCUGCUCGUGCACAGUCGGUGUCGCUCGUUCACAGUUGGUGUUGGUGUCGCUCGUGCACAGUCGGUUGGCUCGUGCACAGUUGGUGUCGGUGUCGCUCGUUCACAGUCGGUGCUGCUCGUGCACAGUUGGUUUCGCUCGUGCACAGUCGGUGUCGCUCGUUCACAGUCGGUCGGCUCGUGCACAGUCGGUGUCGGUGUCGCUCGUUCACAGUCGGUGUCGCCCGUGCACAGUCGGUGCAGCCACGGCUAACCGUGAAGCAGAGUACCCCCCCCCCCCCUCUACACACACACGUCUCCCCCGUCUCCAUCUUGGCCGGAGCUUCACCAUUCAUUCCUUCGUUCCCCUCGUGCGCUGCGCGCGUGUCCAUCCGUGGUUCCCCCGCUGCUCAUCUGUCAUGGCAGAACAUCUGUCCCAGAGCGAGCUGGACUACCCCUUCAAACUUCUGGAGUAUUUCAAUGGCUUCAGGGUCUCGAAGGUGAUCUUCACCGCCUGCGAGCUGGGAGUCUUUGACCUCCUGCUGAACUCCGCGGAGCCCCUCAGCUCUCGUACGGUGGCCCGGGAGCUGGGCACCAGCCCGGACGGGAUGGAGAGGCUGCUGGACGCCCUGGUGGGCAUCGACAUCCUGGAGGUGGAGGUGGCUGACGGCACAGCUUUGUACAGCAGCACAGACGUGGCCAGCCUCUACCUUGCGAAGGGGAGCGCCAAGUCUCUCCACGACAUGAUCAUCUACCAGUCCCAAACCAUCUACCCGCUGUGGAGCAACAUGGCAGAUGCCGUCAGGGAGGGCAGGAACCAAAACCAGAAGACCUUCGGCCUUCCACCUGAAGAUGUUUUUCAAGCUAUUUACAGGUCGGAGGAGGAGAUGCUGAAGUUCAUGGGUUUGAUGAACUCCUCAUGGGUUCUGGAUGGACAUGAUGUUGUGACCGCAUUCAACCUCUCGGGCUUUCAGACUAUAGUCGAUCUUGGAGGCUGCACAGGUGCUCUGGCUCGAGAGAUGGCGCAGGCCUAUCCCUCGUCCUCCGUCACAGUGUUCGACCUGCCUCAGGUGGUGGAAGCAGCUCAGCAGCAUUUCUCACAGGAGAACCAAGCUGUGGCGUUUCACACCGGAGAUUUCUUCAGUGGGGAGAUCCCAGCUGCUGACCUGUAUGUUCUGGCCAGGAUCCUUCAUGACUGGCCUGAGGAGAAGUGCCUGAAGCUGCUGAGGAAGAUCUACAACGCUUGUAAGCCAGGCGGUGGCGUUCUGCUGGUGGAAGCCAUGUUGUUUGAAAACAGACGUGGUCCCAUCAUGGCGCAGAUCUUCUCCCUCAACAUGCUGGUGCAGGCGGAGGGCAGGGAGCGCGCUCCGUCUGAGUACUCCCACAUGCUCAGCAAGACGGGCUUCCACAACAUCCAAGUCUGCCGGACCGGGAAGUCCUACGACUCCAUCCUGGCCAUCAGAUGAGCGCAGAGACCCUUUUCUGCUGCAUUUUCCUGAGAAAGACUUAAAUCAACACCUUAGGAUCUUGUUCAGUUUUUGUAUGAGAAGCUGCUAGAGUCCCACUGCUGUAUGUGUAAAGGUUUGCACUAAUAUUAACACUCCUAAUGUCCGUUUGGUGCUGGAUAAACUCCUAAACCGAAGCGACAAUCAUGCUAGAGAUAAAGCUUCGUCCAGCAUUCAGCUGAGCUGUUCAUAAGAAAGUCUGUCAUGUUAGGCGGAUCGUCUUUUCCUGAACUUCUCAUCCUUAACUGUGGGGAUAAAACCGUUUCAUGGUGAAGCUGAUGUGGGCUCAGGUUUCUCUGCAUCUGACUUGUUGCUAUGGUAACAAACUGAAGCAACUAUACUUACGGCCCACAACUGUCGCUCACUGCAAGGACCAGACUGUAGUCACAGUUGGAAAAAUUUCUGCGGCUUUGAGCAAAAAUGUAACCCCCGCAUUUCAGGCAUAGUGACCCCCCCCCC